GAAAACGAAAUCAUAUUAGAUAAUUACUUUUUUUUGGAAAAAGAUUGUGGUGAUAGUAUUAUUAAUAGAUAGUAAAUAAUAAUUAAACAGAAAUGUAAAAAAUUCGCACAGUAUUGUCAAGCAAGAAUUAUGCAGAAAAAAUGAUGAGUAAUAAUGAUUGAAUCAAUGUGAGUGACACAAAUCAAAAGCUUGAUAUAUGCGUUUUGAGAUUCUUUAUAGUGAAUCAAAUCAAUUUCUUGUAUGAAUAAAAUAAAAAUGAAUGAUUAUAAAAGUAUAUUGUAUUGUAGCAGUCUGCUCGAAACGUCAUUAUUUUUUAGUGUGCAAAGUGAAGAUUAAUCAAAGUGAAAAAAUCGAUUUCUGUAAAGUUCAAUUGCAAAAAGUUUAUAAAAAACAAGUUUACAAAAAAAAGAAAAUAUUAUGAUAGCAACUUGUUUGAAACAAAACAAUUGAAAUCGUAUCGUAAGAAACGAAAAAUGCAAAAAAUAUAAAAAAGAUCUAUCAUUAAAGAAAAGCACGAAAUAUGUUCGAGAACACUAUGCAAAAUGAUGAAUACAUGAAAUCAUGAUUAGACGUCAAUGACGUCAAGCAAAAAUUAUAGAACUGUGUAAACUGUAAGAAUUCAUGUGUUUGUAGUGAGUUUAACAAUGAAGCAAGUUUAAUAUUUAAUGUGUUAGUUAUAUUAAUGGCAAAUUAAUCAUAAUAUACAAUAACAUUAAUAUCUGUUAUAAUAGCAUUGAUAUUGAGAAGAAUUGUAUAGUGGUUUCGGUAUCAGUGUUGCCGAAUAAAGAGUGGGAAACUAAAGGAGAAUCCGUGUGGAAUUUUUAUGACUUACCAUUAUACAUAGUCAAUUAUAUUUUUUAUGCGUUAUACAGGCAAUGACUAACUACUUGCCGUUAAAUGUAUUAGUGAAAGAUAUCGUCAAACUUAUUUGCGUUAGUGUUAUCUACGUCAGCACCGGUUGCUUAGGAUUUGCAUAGCAAACAGAUUGACGUGUUAAUAAGUAGAUAAAAGAGAAGUUGUGACUCUGUGUCUUAUCACAUACCAGAGAGAAAAAGAUGAAGCGUGUAAGUCUUUUUUUAUUACUUCUGCAAAAAAGAAAAAGAAUAGAGCAAAAGAUGUAGACAACAAAGCAAAUGUACAGCUUAAAAUAAAGAAGUGACUUCGGCUAAACGCCCCAGAGAAACAAACAAAUGAAGAAUCGAAGAGAUUCUCUUUUCAAUUUUUUCAAGGAAAUUAUUAUUGUGCUCUUAUGACAUGUUUCUAUAAUAAAUCUGACAGUGUCAUGCUCAUGAUUGUAUAACACGAAAAGAGAAAUUUACAUUGUAGCGAUGACAGAUUCACAGUUGACAAAUAAUAAUAAUAACAACAAUAAUAAUAAAAAUAACAACAACAAUAACGAUGGUGAAAAUUAUCUGCAUAAAAAAUUCAAAAAAAUCGCAACAACCGAAGUUACAACAAUAGAACCGAAGAAGAAUAUUGUAGUCAACAACAGUUUUUCAGAGCCAACUAAAAGAAAGGAUUCAAAAAAGGACUCCAGAGAAUCGUCGAAAGACUCAAUCGAGAUCUCCCUGGAAUCAACGGAAGGAGAAUCAAUUGUAUCGAGAAAAAACGAUUAUGUAUCUUAUUGCAGACUAUCGUAUGCAAAAUCAAGUGUUCUACAAAAACACAUCAGAGCUCACAAUGAGAGACCGUAUCUUUGUGUGCCUUGCGGAUUCGCGUUCAAGACUAAGUCAAAUUUCUACAAGCAUUGCAGAUCUCGCACUCAUGUCCUCAAAAUGGAGAGUGGUGAUGCCAAGAUAUCGGAGGAUUCAGACGUAAAUUUGUCCGAUAGGAGUAAUGGUACCAGCACACCACCAUCCCCUUUAUCUUCUACAAUGACAAACUUAAGAACUAUUAAAACUGGAAAAAUUUACAAGCCAAAAUUUCACACAGUAUUACAAUGCGCCAAUAAUAAGAUUGAAAAAUCUUUCCUCUCCUUCACUUUUACAAAUAGUUCUUCCUCGAUGACAGUUAUUGUUGUGCCAAAACCAAAUCUGGAGUACCAAGUAGAAGAGCACAUCGAUAAGAUUAUCACGAAUAAUCAUGUAUUGAUCGAUACAAUGGAUCCACGAUUAUACAAAUUGAUCCAAAGACAACAAAGUCUCGUGGAAACGAAGCAAUUCAUCGAUCAACCGUUGAAUCUUUCUUUUGCAAAAGAAUUUUUGAGGAGAUGUUAUAGCGAGAGCUUCGUUCAACAAUGCAAAGUUUGUCUUAACAAAUCAAAACGUGGUUCUAUAAUCAAAAAUCUUUUAUUGAAAAAUCAAAAUUCGUGUCGAAAAAGUAAAACUAAAAAUGGAAAUUAUUAUUUUGUACCGCAUUCGAACACCAAUAUUCUCAAUAUUCAUCGUAGAUAUUAUUGGAAUGGUAGUUCUCGAAGAAAAUAUCAAUUGGAAAUCGAGAAAAGAGAAUCCAAUUUAAAUUCAAAGUCUUCCGAUUAUUACAGCAAUUUAAUGUCUUUCCCCUCUUGUGAUUCUCUUUUAGACAAUACGAGAUUAAUUGACACGUAUAUAUCGCCUAUGAAAAAGCACAGAUUAGAAUUCGUACAGACUGCAUUACAAUCUCUCGAAGAGCUGGGCAAAUGUCCACGGAUAAAUUCAUUGCAAAUGUUCGGCGGAGAAAACAGAAUAUUGAACAAUACUGGUGAAAGUAAGACGAUAACAUUCGAAUCACAAUCAAUAAAUUCUCGAAAAAAUGAAGAGAUCGUGAGUAACAAAUGCAUUACUUCCGAGACUUCUUCGGUAGUGAUCAGAUCAGAUCUCCAUUCAGGUGGCACGAUGGUAUAUAAACCACUAGUUUCCACUUCGAGUUCCUUCAUAUCUUUGCCAAAUGUGACGAAAAUAUUGAGUCCUAUCAUACCAAAUAUAUCAACUCCGAGUAUACUAAGUACAACUUCUGUAAAUUUAACCAAAACAGAAAAAUCUGAAAUGAAACUGAUAGAAAACAGCGAUGUAUCUUCUAAAGAAAAAAUCAAGCCAAACAAAUUUUUGAGGCACAUUUCGUUAUCGUUAAAACCGGGCACGUUCACGACCAAGAAAUAUCACGAAAUCACUCCUACGGGAAACAUGCUUCCGCUUAUAAGUCCGGAAACUCCACGAUCGAAAAAAUCUUAUAGACAGCUUUACCUCAACAGACAUGCUUAUACAUAUUUUGGCCUGAAAUGCUCGACCAGAGUGUUCUAUUGCACUCUGAACAAACCGCAGCCAAUGUACGUCACACAGCAACAUGGUUUAUCCAUGUACUCGAAUUGGAAAAUAUGUAAAGAAGCACCAUCAGACAUUGACAUGGCGCAUUACGAUUCGAAACAUAGACCGGUUAAUUAUACAAUUGCAUGGAAAAAGCAGGAGGAUAUUUUAACACAUUCCUCGCACAGAUUUACCACGCCAUUUAAUUCGGACAGCGGUUUGGAUAGCGAUAUGCAAAAAAAAGCAAGAAGAAUCAAAAUGCUCGACGAAGAUUUGGAAAGCAAUAAAAACAAUAUGUAUGGUAAAGAAAAACAAUUAAGUUAUUCUGCUUUUAUAACUGAAGAUGGAAGAAAUGGAAGAUUUUGCGGAAUUUGUAAUAAGAUGUUUGGCAAACCUAGUCAGUUACAAUUGUAUAUCAACAUUCGUUACUUCAAGAAACUAUUUAGAUGUGAAAGUUACGCUAUCUCUUUUCGAACUAAAAAUUAUUUGAUUAAAUAUGAAAAAUCUGUUUCUCACCAUAAUAAGAUUAAUAUGACUUCUACAUUUGGAGUUGCAACUACCAGCAAUACUGGACCAUUCAAAUGUAUUGAUUGUAAAAUAAUAUUCAAAAUAUGUGGUCACUUCGCAAAUUAUUUUUGUAACAAAAUGCAUAUUAUGAAGUUAGAAUGUUUAAGAAAACUACCAUUUAGAAUCUAUGUUAAAAUAGAAAAAUAUGGCAUCAAUCAGAAUAAUAUUGAUACUACUGACUGUGAUAAUAAUCUUAUUAAUUUUCAAAUGCUGAUUGAAUUUUUUGAAAAAGAUAUUAAAAGAAGUCAAUGGAAUUUUGAAAUAAUUCCAAAUCAAAUGAUAAAAAAUCAGCAAGAAAAUGCAAUAUAGAACAAAGCAGAUAUUCUAAUUCAUUAAUAAUAAAAAAUAAAAAUUUUUGUUCUUAUAUGUUAUUUGUUAUAAAAUUCCAAUUACUCUUCUUAUUGUUG